AUGCAUCGCACAACCACCGAGAAACGAACUUGCUUGUUCCAAAUGGAAUGGCAUUUGAUCAGUCGCGGGCGACAUGACAUGAUAGAACAUGCGUAUGUUGACGUGAAAUGUAGGUCGUUAUUGGUGAUAGGUUUUCUUGUAGUGAUUGUCGGAGUUUGGAUUGCUAUCAAAAUUCUAAGAGUUAAAAAUAGCGAAAUGCGUAUACGCCGUUACGACAUUCUGUCAGCGAAACAGCUUGUUCCGGAUCACAUUCGUUCUGAGGACAGUGAUGACGAAUUACUUGCUCCAGUACGAAGGGAUGAUUUUAUAAGACAUCUUAUACCGGAAAACACAAUCCAGUAG